CUUUUUCGCACCUAUACUUUCUCUCUGCAACAAUCUCCCCCUCCCCGCCGGCGGAGCAAAGUCCGGCACCGGCGACCUUUUCCGGCAAAACAUUUUCAAAAUUUCAAAAAAAUUCAACAAAUUUCAACAAAAUAACCGUUUUUUGAUAGAAAUCAUGACGUCAUCCAUCGUAACUGCUGUUUUAACAUGUUUGUAAAUAAAUUAUUAACAGAUUUCAUGCUUUGAAAAUUCAAGAAAAAUUAAAAAAAAAAAUUAGAGCUCGCCGGGAAAGUUUUCCGAUGGAUUUUUUGAAGAGUUUCGGCGACGGUGGAUCGGUGAAAGGCGAAAAACACGAUGAGGAAAACGUGGAGCUGAGUUUAGGAUUGUCGUCGAACGGCCGAUUCGGCGUUGAAAGACGGCGCGUGGCGGCGGAGGAUGUUUCCGGCGAGAAUAACCGUUUAAUUAGGUCAAAUUCGACGGUUGAUUUUUUAGAUUUUAAGAAAUUAUCGUCGGGAAAUGAUGAAACGACGUCGUUGACGUUGUUUCCGUUAACGAGGACGUGUUCGUUGCCGAUUGAGACGGAGGUGGAGUGGAAGAAGCGGAAGGAGUUGCAGUCGUUGCGGCGGUCGGAGGCGAAGCGGCGGCGCGUGGAGAAGGUUAAGAAUGGGCGCGUGGUGAAAGGAUUGGGGGUGGAGGAAAGUUAUGAAGGGAAAAUGAGAAGUUUGGUUAACGGUAAUGAAUUGUUGCCUCCGCUUCCACGUCCGUCAAGUUUUCCGUCACAGGUGAGUGUUGGAUCUCCGGCGAGUGGUGGAUCUUCUGGAGUUUCUGAUUUGGAAAGUCAACCUUUUUCAGGAACCAACAAAGACACUGAACUUAAAAGCACUGCAAGUCAUCAAGCCGUAUCGCAUCAGAUCUCGAGUUCAAACAUCUACAGAUCAAACUCAAUUGCUUCACACACAUCUUCAAGUUCAAACCUCUACAGAUCAAGCUCAAUUGCUUCACAAACAUCUUCUCAAACCAUCAACAGAAACCUGUCGUCUCAAACCAUCAACAAAAACCUGUCGAAAGACGAAACCUUAAAGAUGAUGUUCGCCGACAUGCCUUGCGUUUCGACCAAAGGCGAUGGUGUUAAUGGCAAAAAGAUAGAAGGGUUUUUGUACAGAUACCGAAAAGGCGAAGAAGUGAGAAUAGUGUGUGUUUGUCAUGGUAGCUUUUUGACCCCGGCGGAGUUCGUCAAACACGGUGGCGGCAGCGAUGUCGAACACCCUCUCAGACAUAUCGUCGUUAUGCCGCCAGCGACGUUCCUCUGAUAUGGACGACAAAAAUCGUUGUCUUGCUCCGAAACUGGUGGUUUGGCCCUUUUAUGUGUGCCAAAUCAAACAUUUAAUAAAGUUUUCUUUGUCAUUAUAUUUUUGUAUAAUCUUAGGUACAUGACAUUAUAACAUAAUUUUACAAGUUACAACUACAA